GCCACGGCUUCAGUGGCGGAUUAUGAGCCAGCCGCCCACCGAGCAGCGAGAUGCUACGUGGUAAUAUUGUAUUUAAAUGUGACGUAGACGAUAUCGUUUUUUCUAAUCGCGGGUAACGUUAUCACACUGACUACAAACGAGACCAAACGAAUUUGAAAAAAUAUUCAUUACAUCAACAACAAACUUGGGUAAUAGUGUUCUAACGUGUUGCAGAAACUAUGUUCUCGUCAAAUGUCGGGUUCCCGUGAUCGUUGAAUACGCUUUUCGUUUCUUAACCGAUCGCAUAGAUUUGGCCAUAACUACUUAACGAUUUGCUUGGAUAAGAUUUCGUUUUGCUGAUGUAUUCAAACAUCAAACAUGUUUCUCAGGUAUAGAAUUAUUCAGCUGAAGCGCAAUAAAUUUGCCAAAAUUAUUAUUGGUACUAUCAUUAUCUUGCUAUUGCUACUUGCCUUAUACAUACGUUCUGAGAAUCUCCAAAACUCACAUGAAUCAUCUAAUUACAGUCAUUCUAGAUUUUCCAAUCAGGCACCGGUUUUCCAUGAUCAAACACUUGGUAAUUUUGAACAGGCAACAUCAACUAAUAAACCAGGUCCUGGUGAAAAGGGUGAACCUCAUCAUGUGCCGAGUGACAGAGAAAAUGAAGCAUUACAAUCUUUAUCCGAGUAUGGCAUGAACAUGGCUUGCUCAGACGAUAUCUCUCUAAAUAGAACAAUUCCAGAUCAUCGCAUGGAUGAAUGUAAAUAUUGGUCUUACCCUGAAGAAUUACCACGUACUAGUAUUAUAAUAGUAUUUCAUAAUGAAGGUUGGUCAUCUUUAUUGAGAACUGUACACAGUAUUCUUAAUAGGACUCCACCUCAGUUUUUGGAAGAAAUUCUUUUGGUUGAUGAUUUUAGUAAUAAAGAAAAUUUAAAAAAGAAAUUGGAAUAUUACAUUGAAAGAUUUAAUGGUAAAGUAAGAUUAAUUCGGAACUCUGAACGUGAAGGAUUGAUUAGAACACGAUCAAAAGGUGCAUUAAAUGCUAGAGGAGAAAUAAUAUUAUUUCUGGAUGCUCAUUGUGAAGUUGGGUACAACUGGUUACCACCGUUGAUUGCACCUAUUGCACGAGACAGAAAAAUUAUGACUGUACCUGUAAUUGAUGGAAUUGAUCAUAAUACAUGGGAAUAUCGUCCUGUUUAUGAAAAAGAUCAUUUCUUCCGUGGUAUAUUUGAAUGGGGUAUGUUGUAUAAAGAAAUCGAGAUACCUGCUAUAGAAGAAAGAAAACGAACUUAUAAAAGCGAACCUUAUAAGUCACCCACUCAUGCAGGUGGUUUGUUUGCAAUGGAUAGAAAUUAUUUUCUAGAACUUGGAGCAUAUGACCCUGGAUUACUUGUUUGGGGAGGGGAAAAUUUUGAAUUGUCUUUUAAAAUUUGGCAAUGUGGUGGUAGUAUUGAAUGGGUACCUUGUUCUCGUGUUGGACAUGUUUACCGUGGAUUUAUGCCUUAUAACUUUGGAGAACUUGGCAAGAAAGUCAAAGGACCUUUGAUUACCUAUAAUUAUAAACGCGUUAUUGAAACAUGGUUUGAUAAUAAACAUAAAGAAUUUUUUUAUACUCGUGAACCAUUAGCCCGCUACCUAGAUAUGGGUGAUAUAAGUGAACAAGUAAAACUGAAGGAUAAAUUAAAAUGUAAAGAUUUUUCAUGGUUUAUGGAUAAUGUUGCCUAUGAUGUUUAUACUAAGUUUCCUGAACUUCCUCCAAAUUUACAUUGGGGAGAAUUGCGUAAUGUUGGCAAAACAACUUGCUUGGAUACCAGAGGUCAUCAGCCACCAGCAUUAGUAGGUUUAGAGUUAUGCCAUGGACAAGGAAAUAAUCAGCUUUUUAGAUUGAAUACAAAAGGGCAACUUGGUGUUGGUGAACGUUGUAUUUUUGCUGAUCGACAAAAUGUAAAAUUAGUUGUAUGUCCAUUAGGAACUGUUGAUGGACCAUGGCAGUAUGAAUUGACCAACAAAUUACUACUUCAUACAAUAACCAGGAAAUGUCUAAGUGCUCACCCAUUAUCCGAUCAAGUAAUAUUAACACCAUGUGAUUCAAAUAAUGCUAAUCAACAAUGGGUAUUCAAACCAAUUGUACCCAGUUGGUCAAGUUGAACAAACAAAAUCAAGAACAAAGAACAAAAUAAUCAACAAUGGGUGUUCAAACCAAUAGUAUCCAGUUGAUCAAUUUGAAUGAACAAAAUCAAGAACAUAAAAUUAUAUUUUAUCACUGUUUUUAAUUUUUAUACAUCCUUUAUACUGAACAAAUUUACUCAUUUAUUCUUGUUAUUGUAUAGAUUAUAAGAGUAUAUUUUUAUUUGAAAUACAUACAGUAUUAUAUGCA